AUGAAAUAUUCGGGUCGCUGGCAUACCGAAAGUUACACAGAAAAUAUAGUAGCAGUUGGUGUCUACUAUUUCCAUGUCGAUCCUGAAUUGAAAGGAGGAAUCCUUAAAUUUCGUCUGAAAAAAGCACCUCAAGAUUCUUAUGGUGGAGUCACAACUGAUUUUGAAGUGGAUUUAAUUCGUACUGGUCCAGCGAUAGUAUUUUCGAAUUCAAUGCCAUAUCGUUUUCGUCAAAUCCGUAAUUUAACUCCACAUGAUGGUUGUCGUUAA